AUGGCUUCCAGGCUGCUGCUCCGCGUCCUCCAGCGCGCCCUGCCCGGCGGCGGGCGGGCCGCAGCCCCCGCCAGAGCCAUGAGCGCCGGGGGUAUUCCCAGUGAUGAGGAACAGGCAACUGGACUUGAACGGAAAACUCUAGAGGCUAUGAAAAAAGGACAGGAUCCAUAUAGCAUACUCAAACCCAAGGGAUAUGCAGGAACUAGAGAGGAUCCUCAUAUUGUUCCGUCCAUCAACAAGAAGAGGCUAGUAGGCUGUAUCUGUGAGGAGGACAACUCUGCUGUCAUUUGGUUCUGGUUGCAUGCAGGAGAAAGCCAGCGUUGCCCAUCAUGUGGUGCUCACUACAAGCUUGUCCAUCAUGAUGUCCCACAUUGAAAAUCUGGGUUAUUUAACUGAACCAAAGCGGAUUUCACUGUGUC